AUGGAUUCCGUUCUUGUCACGGCUGCAGACUUCAACGAGGACAAGUACAAACUGUUGCAGCUGAACCCCGAGAUCGAGCGAGCUGUCACAACUGGUUCCAAGGUGGUGAUCGUAGGGGCACCAGAUGCUCGAGCGGUUUUGUGCACGGCGGAUCAAUCGUACUAUAUCACAAAGGAGGACACUUCGAAUUUACGUCUUCUCACGACCCACACAGACUGGAGUGGACCAGAGCAGACAACGGACAAGAGGACGAUUCAAGUAGCGGGAGCUGCUCGAUUCCAUUACCUGCUUGAGCACAAGGCUCCUGAUGCGACACUGCUGCGGGCUCUGUUGCUGGAAGCACCGUAUGACAAGCCUCGGCGUGAUGCUGCUGCGUCUGAAGCGAAGCGCACAAAGUUGCACACGCUGUACACGACGAGAGACUUGGUGGAUGCGUUGCAAGUGAGCGAGCAGGAGGUGCUGACGAUGCUGGACGAGAUACACGCUUUUGAAGAAGCAGGGGUACCUGUGGCAUGGUUCCUGACUCAGCUGGACGAGCCGUUGGUGGUCAUCCGUCAAUGUUGUAAGCUGUACGGUCGGCUGACGUCGAUGAAUGGAGAGGAUCGUUGCACGUUGGACCCAGUAAAGGUUGCUGUAUUCCGAGCCAAGUCGCUGUUCGACGAGCAGAUAGAAGAGGCAAAGUUCCAGGCUGCGCAGGAGCACGUGGCGUUGACUGCCACGGACGUGGGCUGGGAAGUGGACUCGUUUAUGGAAAAGUGGAAGCUUCGUGUGCCUGAUAGCGUGUCCGUGACUCUGGAUAUGCUUAGCGGCCUUGUACUGGUGAAACCUCACUCGACAGGGAAGGCAUCUCGAAUUGUGUACUUUCCUGAAGAGGAGCUGUCGCCUGAACCCAAGAAGCGCUUCGAGCAGCUGUUUGAGAUGCAGGAGAAGUGGACAAUCAAGCAGCUCGAGCCGUUUAUCAAGUCUUUGAUUACGCCUAGCACGACACAAGCAUCGUUGCUGCUCAAGCACACGCGCUCCUCGCGUCAGUGCGGAUCGACCGAGAAGCUAUAUAGCCGACGCUGA